AUGGCACCGACCCUUGCUACCGCCCAUCGCCGGCGCUGGUGGAUGGCAUCCACAGCCAUCGUUGAGAACCUGCUCUUCUCUGCUGUCCUGCUGGGCUGGGGGUCCCUCCUCAUCAUGCUGAAAGCAGAAGGGUUUUAUUCUUACCUGUGUGAUGAGCAAGAGAACUUAACCUCUGGCUCCUUGUCUUCCUCUGCAUCAAGUGGUGAAUGUGAAGUCACUUGGAUGCACAAAUGGCCUACCUGCAAUGCCCAGGAUGAAAUGCUGAACUUGGCCUUCACCAUUGGGUCCUUCCUGCUCAGUGCAAUCACACUGCCCCUGGGAAUUGUCAUGGACAAGUAUGGUCCUCGCAAGCUGCGGCUGCUAGGCAGUGCCUGCUUUGCUGUGUCCUGUGUGCUGAUUGCCUAUGGUGCCAGUAACCCAGACUCUCUGUCUGUGCUGAUCUUCAUUGCUCUGGCUCUGAACGGCUUUGGGGGCAUGUGCAUGACCUUCACCUCGCUUACGCUGCCCAACAUGUUUGGUGACCUUCGUUCCACGUUCAUUGCUCUGAUGAUUGGUUCCUAUGCUUCCUCUGCUGUGACUUUUCCAGGAAUCAAGGUUAUAUAUGACUUUGGGGUCUCCUUCAUCCUUAUUCUCCUUGUCUGGGCAAGCUGUGCAGGACUAGUUUUCCUCAACUGCUUCUUCAAUUGGCCACUGGAGCCUUUCCCAGGACCAGAAGACAUGGACUAUUCGGUGAAAAUCAAGUUCAGCUGGCUGGGAUUUGACCACAAAAUCACUGGGAAACAGUUUUACAAGCAAGUAACAACUGUGGGGCGCCGUCUCAGUGUGGGGAGCUCCAUGAAAGGCCCCAAGGAGCCAGCAGCCUUGCAAGAGAACAACAAGCUCUGCCUGUCUACAGUGGACCUAGAAGUGAAGUGCCAACCUGACAAUGCAGCUUCUCCCUCCUUCAUGAAGAGUGUCUUCAGUCCCAUCUUGUUGCUCAGCCUUAUCACCAUGUGUGUCACUCAGCUUCGGCUCAUCUUCUACAUGGGAGCCAUGAAUACAAUCCUUGAGUUUCUGUCUGGAGAUGAGGAUCAAGUGGCUCUCUACACUUCCAUUUUUGGGGUAUUGCAACUGCUGUGCUUGCUGACAGCUCCCGUGAUUGGCUACAUCAUGGACUGGCGAAUGAAAGAAUGCGAUGAUGGCUCAGAGGAGAAUGAGGAGAACAACGCUGAGCAAAGUGACAAGAAAAAGAAAAAGCGUGAUCGGCAGAUCCAGAAAAUUGCCAAUGCCACCAAUGCCUUUGUAUUCACAAAUGUCCUGCUGGUUGGAUUUGGAAUCACCUGUCUCAUUCCUAAUCUACCGUUGCAGAUCCUUUCCUUCAUUUUGCACACAAUCGUGAGAGGAUUCAUCCACUCAGCUGUAGGAGGACUCUACGCAGCUGUAUACCCUUCUACUCAGUUUGGCAGCUUGACAGGGUUGCAGUCGCUGAUCAGUGCCCUUUUUGCCCUUCUGCAGCAGCCUCUUUUUAUGGCAUUGACAGGACCUUUGGAAGGAGACCCUCUCUGGGUGAAUGUUGGCUUGCUUGGUUUGAGCUUCCUGGGUUUCUGCCUUCCAAUCUACCUGGUCUGUUACAGACGCAGGUUAGAGAGAGAAAAACAACAGAAGAUGGAGGAUGCCAAACUUUUCCUGAAAAUCAAUGGCACUCCUAACGAGGAAGCCUUUGUUUAA